AUGACCCGGCACAAGCAGAAAAAAUCUGGGAAGAGACCCAAGAACAGCAAGAAAAGGGGUGCAAAGCCUCAUGGGGAAAAGGACCCAGGCGUGCCUCAGUUGUCCCAUUUCAAAGAGCAAGUUAAGAAGGAGGCAGCGCUAAAGCAUAAACGGACUAUGGAGCUGCAGGAACGGCAACGAACGGCGCGGCAAAAGGGAAUGAACCGGUUCCGGAAUCUGGAAGGACUACAAAAUGACGCCAUGCGCAGGCAGCGGGACUUCGAGCAGAAGGAGAUGGAUCUGAAGCAACUGGCAAAACAUGAGCUGCUGGAGAAAGACAGUUCCUGCAAGACUUAUUAUAGGGAGUUUAGGAAGGUGAUCGAAGCAGCCGAUGUCAUCUUGGAGGUCCUUGAUGCUCGGGACCCCCAAGGAUGCCGUUGCCCCCAGGUGGAGCAGGCGGUGCUGCAGGCUGGCGCUCACAAAAGACUGGUCCUGGUGUUGAACAAAAUUGAUCUGGUGUCUAAAGAGAUUGUGGCAAAAUGGCUCAAGUACCUGAGGAACGAAUUCCCCACCGUCGCCUUUAAAGCCUCCACUCAGCAGCAGAGCAGAAACCUGCAACAGAGCCGCGUCCCGGUAGCCCAGGCCUCGGGCGACCUGCUUAGCAGCGGGGCCUGCGUGGGGGCCGACUGCCUCAUGAAAGUGCUGGGGAACUACUGCCGGAACCAGGACGUCAGGACCGCCAUCAGCGUCGGCGUUGUGGGCUUCCCGAAUGUCGGCAAAAGCAGCCUGAUCAACAGCUUGAAGAGGAGCCGGGCCUGCAGCGUUGGUGCCACUCCCGGCGUCACCAAGUGCCUGCAAGAAAUCCAGCUUGACAAACAUAUCAAACUGCUGGACUGUCCGGGGAUUGUCGUGGCGUCUCCCACCUCCGAUGCCGCCAUGAUCCUACGAAACUGUAUCAAGAUAGAGCAGCUGGCUGACUCCGUGGCCCCCGUGGAGGCCAUCUUGAAACGAUGCAAUAAGCAGCAGAUCACGCAGCACUAUCGUGUGCCAGAUUUCAGAGACACCAUGGAGUUCCUGGCUCAUCUGUCCAGGCGGCAAGGCAAACUGAAAAAGGGAGGGACGCCUGACCACGAGAAAGCUGCCAAAGCGGUGCUGAGCGACUGGACGAGCGGGAAGAUCAGCUAUUUCACUCACCCGCCUGAGAUUCACACUCUUCCCACGCACAUCAGCGCGGAAAUUGUGGCAGAGAUGGGCCAGGCCUUUGAUUUUGAAGUGCUGGAGCGAGACAACGAGGCGGCUUUGGCACACAUGCCCUCUGGCCCUGCCGGCAUCGCUAUGGAGGACUUCGGCCUCACCUGCGGAGGAGAAGCGGAGAUGGAUGAGGAAAAAGUGGGCAUCUGUGGUCCUGAGCAGGCAGAGUCCAAGAUGGAGGAAGACAGGGAUCCGUCGCUCGGCCUCAUCACCGUGGAGCUAAAAGCCAAGAAAGAGGCCCUCAAGGAAGCCGAGAAGGCCGUGCCCAGAGCGCCAGACCUGAAGGAGAUCGCUGCCCUGGACCCGUUACAACAGGGCCAGGGUUUGUGGGCAGCGAGCAAGAGGCGCAAGAAGCAGCAGAAGAGGGCAGAGAAAAUAGCCACCAAGCUCUCUGCCUCGCUGACGGCAGCCAUGAAUUUUAGCUUCACCAACGACUGAUGGGCAAACGGCACCGAAG